CUCGGGUUGGUGUUGGCGUGUCCUGUAGUGUCGUAUAACGGCCUCCUCCCGCCGUUUUCGGACCCGGGUUCAAGCGCGUCGCGGGCGAAUCAUGGCGCUGAAGGCCGUGUGCGUGCUGAAGGGCGAUAGUCUGGUGCAGGGCAUCAUCCACUUCGAGCAGCAGGCAAGUGGGCCAGUUAUGGUACAGGGGACCAUUACAGGAUUGACUGAAGGCCAGCAUGGAUUCCAUGUCCAUCAGUUUGGAGAUAAUACACAAGGUUGUACCAGUGCAGGUCCUCACUUUAAUCCUCUAUCCAAAAAUCACGGUGGGCCAGAAGAUCAAGAAAGACAUGUUGGAGAUCUGGGCAAUGUGACUGCUGACAAAGACGGUACAGCCAAAGUGUCCAUCAAAGACUCAAUGAUCUCACUCACAGGAGAGUGUUCCAUCAUUGGCCGCACUAUGGUGGUCCAUGAAAAAGCAGAUGACUUGGGCAGAGGUGGAAAUGACGAGAGUAAAAAGACAGGAAAUGCUGGAAGUCGUCUGGCUUGUGGUGUAAUUGGGAUCACCCAGUAAACAUGCUCUACCAUGUGGUUGUCUGAGUCCCAGUAACCCAUUUGUUACCUUGCUAGCUUUAGGAAUUUAACCCGAUAAACAUUAAAGUCUGUAAUCUUAAAAGUGUAAUUGUGUUGACCUGAAAAAAAUGGCUUAAGAACUUGUAAUGAGAACUGAUUUAUGGUCACUUGGAAGAUUUGUAUAGUUUUAUAAAACAAUUAAAAUGCGUUUGAUACCUGUAUUUGCCAGAUUACUCAUAUAUGGGUAUUAAGCUGUUUGAAUUUCAUUUUCAUUGAAGGCUAUAAAUAAACACUAUAUAUGUCACUU